AUGGAUGAAGAUGAAAUGGAGAGAGCUGUGCCAGUGACUACCCUGUUAGCGACCAUCUGGUGGACGAUCCCACUUGUACAGCCGGCCCCAAGUCUGACCACAGCUCGCCUUGACAGAGACAACAAAACGGAUCCCAUAGGGGCGCGGGCGCCAGGUCCAGGCAUACCCGACCAUUUGCUGACGUCACCAGGUAACACGACAGGCCGUGUUAACUCCCCACCAUUAAGUCACACACCUACAGAUGGGGCAGAGACAAGGCCGAAGGUUAGGUUUGGUCCAAUCAAUCCUGAUCCUGGCAAUAACCUUGACCCCACCUCCCAGGCCAGUAGUGAGCGAGUCAGCAGUACAGGUAGCUUUGGUCCAGGUAUUCAGACUCACGUGACACAGGAAACUGUCUCAAACUUCAAGCCGCAACAAAUUGGCAUCGGCAAGUUUGGACCAGCUGCAAGUCCUCAGAUAAAUGGGACAGAACAAUCAGCUUCAAACUCUAGACCACAACAAAACAGUUUCGGAAAGUUUGGACCAAAUCCCCAGAGUAUUGGAGCUAUAAAUGACAGCACCGAACCGCAGAGGAAAGAACUAGAUCAGUUUGGUUUGACAUCUAGCAACCAUCAUGAAGUACCAGGUCGAGAUGUUGGUCCCGUUAACACAUCACCAGAUGGCGCUCGACGGUUUGGUCCAACCGCUGACCUUUCUCUUGACCGCUCAACAAAAAGUUCACAACAACCAACAAAGCAAGAGACAGACGACACAUCCGCCAAACUUGGACACAACAAACAAUCUGACGCAGGGAGACAUGUUGUGUUUGGACCAACCAGCCUCGAACCCGACACACCGCCAUCUUUCAUGCAACAAAACGUUAGCAGCAGUAUCUCUAGCCAGGGGAACGCAAUAAAAGACCCCCCAACUUUCUUCCAGUCCAACAACACGUUUCUACAAGAUAGAACCACGGGACCAACCACUGGACAAUCAAAACAAAACAAUACAAAAAUGGUCUUCACAGAAAAACAAACAUUUCCCGAUCACAAUGUUAACAUCAUGGAGUUUCUAAAAGACAAAAAAAACCAACCCGUCUCCCACGCUGUGUCAAACGUCUCUCAACAAUCCUCCGCUGCUUCUCCACCACCACCCCCACCAAACACAUCUAACGCUCUCAACAAACCUUUCGGUCCUAUUUCUCUACCCACUUCAAGCCAGACACCAACCCUCCCGAAUUCUCAGAACUCUAGAACUCCUUCCUCCCUCCCCAACUUUGUAGACAAUCUGGGACCGGCUUUGACGUCAAACAACGCAACACCUACACAUAACACAUUAGGGACCAAACCCGACCCUACACACAUUUCAACUCCAUUUACAAGUAGUAGCCCAUCUUUCAUCCCACUUCCUUUAUCCAACACCCAGUCACCAAAUCAAACACCUAACACUAAUUCAACAAGUUUUACACCUAACACCAACACACCUAAUCACCAACCACCUUCAGACACCAAACCAUCAUUCAUCCCCUCCCCUGAUAAAAAGCCAACAUUUUUCUCUGUGCCACCUACAGACUUCAGGCAGUUUGUUCCUCCUGCCCCUAGUUCCAGUCAAACAACACAAGGACAAGCUCCCAGUAAAAUCACCCCUGUACAAGCAUUUGGUCCAAGGCUACCAGCUGAAACAUCAGCUCCUGCUUUUGGCCCCUCUAGCACCAACAGUAGCACCAACAGUAGCACCAACAGUAGCACCAACAGUAGCACCAACAGUAGCACCAACAGUAGCACCAACAGUAGCACCAACAAUUACACCAACAGUAGCACCAAAAGUAGCACCAACAGUAGCACCAACAGUAGCACCAACAGUAGUACCAACAAUUACACCAACAGUAGCACCAACAGUAGCACCAACAGUAGCACCAACAGUAGCACCAACAAUUACACCAACAGUAGCACCAAAAGUAGCACCAACAGUAGCACCAACAGUAGCACCAACAGUAGCACCAACAUUUGCUGCAAUACAACCCCUGACGCUAACCGAGAACUAAACUCCAACCAAACAAACAUCUCUAACCAACCAAACAGUUCUAACCACACAAACAACUCUAACCAAACAAACAUCUCUAACCAAACAAACAGCUAUAACCAAACAAACAGUUCUAACCACACAAACAACUCUAACCAAACAAACAGUUCUAACCAAACAAACAACUCUAACCAACCAAACAGUUCUAACCACACAAACAUCUCUAACCAACCAAACAACACCAACCCAACCCAACCCCCACAGCCUAAAGCUAACAUUCCGUCUAACGUUCAACAAAGAGCACAACCAAGACAAUUUAACGUCUCGGCUAACUCAUCACAACCCAUCAACUCCAGCCAACCACGGGAUGUCAUCACAUCAAACUUACAACCCAAUUCUGGGUUUAUAAAUACCAACAAGCCUCUACGUAACAACCCACCGAACUACAACCCAGUUGGAACAAACCAUGAGAACAACCCCAUCCAUCAGCUCACCAACCCGCCAGCCAGUUAUGGCCGCCAGAAUUACACAUCUGGCAACCCCCAAAUCCAACCUGCCAGCAACCCCCCACGAUCCACAUGGACCCUCCAGACACGGGCUGCCAACUCGACCACCCAGCCUCUCCCCACCACUUCUGACAGAGAGCCCAUACCCACAACGGUUCUCAAUACCCCGACUCACGGCCCCGGCAACACGAACGCCCCAGUCCAACAGAGACCCCACUUCUUCCAGCGCUCAGAACCCCUGAAACCCGUCUGGUUGCUCAGAAAUCGUAUGUCCACCCCUAAUCGGGUUGGCACGCCCAUUCCUAAUCCCAACCCAAAAAAUAACCCAAGCUCACCCGUUCCAACCCCACCAUAA